AAACACGGGACAGUACAUGGAAGUCUUCGAGGGAUGUCACGUAGGAGGUGGAUUGGAUCCUUCACUGUCGACUGUGGUUGAAAAAGUCUGUUUGAACUUAAGAAGGGUUUCGGAUCUCUCAAGUGAGGGGAGGCAUUCGAUUUGCAGAUUUCCCACUCUUCAUGAUGACUGAGCAGAACAGCGCGAUGGCACCGUGGUCCGAAGAUGAGUUGAGAGCCAAAGUGGGACAGCUCUUCAUCGUCGGCUUCCACGGCCACGUCGCAAGCGAAGACAUCAGAACCCUCAUCACUACCCACAAAGUCGGCGCCGUGAUCCUCUUCCUCCGCAAUGUCUCAACCGCCACACAACUCACCGAGCUCACCACUUCCCUCCAAGAGAUCGCUGCAGCCUCGGGUCAUGAGCAGGGCCUCUUCAUCGCCAUCGACCAAGAAAAUGGUCUCGUCACGCGAAUCAAACCGCCUGUUGCUGCACAGCUUCCUGGAUCCAUGGCUCUGGGUGCAACAGGAGAUGCAUCGAAUGCAUUCAAGAUCGCGUCGGCGACAGCAGAGACGUUGAAGGCUUUUGGGAUUAACAUAAAUUAUGCUCCGAUCGCUGAUGUGAAUUCCGAGCCAAAGAAUCCGGUCAUCGGGGUAAGAUCCCCGUCGGAUGAUCCCGAAACUGUUGGAAGACUUGUAUCUGCGCAAGUGAAGGGGUUAAGUGAAGGUGGGAUUCUUCCAUGUGUGAAGCAUUUUCCAGGACAUGGGGAUACUGCUGUGGAUUCGCAUUUUGGGUUGCCGGUUACAGCGAAGAGUAAGGCAGAGCUGGAUGCUUGCGAGUUGGUACCGUUUCGAAGGGCGGUGGUUGAGGGUGUUGAGUCUGUUAUGACGGCUCAUAUUGCUAUGCCUGGAAUCGGAGACCCGAGCUUGGGAGAGGAUCAUCCUUCCAAGAAAGUACCGGCGAGUUUGAACUCGGAUGCCAUCAAGAUUUUAAGGGAUGAGAUGAAGUUUGAUGGCAUGAUCGUCAGUGAUUGCCUGGAAAUGGAUGGUGUGAGGGCAACUUUUGGAACAGAGAAGGGUGCUGUCAUGGCGUUGAAGGCAGGAAAUGACUGCGCGAUGAUCUGCCACACGAUGUCGGCACAAGUUGGCGCCAUCGAACAGGUCGUUCAAGCAGUGAAAUCUGGCGAGCUUUCGCAAGAGGCCAUUCGAUUGUCGGUGGAUAGAGUCAGGAUUCUCAAAGCCAAGUAUGGCAUUCAAGCUCCGCUGGUGGCUGAAGAAAUGUGGAGAACACGCGACACAAAUUCGAGGAAUACUAGACAAGCUGGCCUUGCGGCUGAUAUCUAUGCCAAGAGCGCAACGGUCGUCCGCUCCGAACCUGGCUUAAUCCCACUUUCGCCGCACACCAUGAACACGAAGCUUGUUUUCGUCAGUCCUGGGAAGACCCCAGUCGGCGGUGGAGCAGUCGGAAGUGGAGAAGAGAAAACCCGGGAACCAUAUACGCCAGCAUCGUACAUUGAUCUGAUCCAGGUUCACAACCCAGAUGCCAUUGAUGUUCGAUUCCACGAUGGCUUUAAACUUUCGAGAGAGGAAGAGAAACAUAUCGCCGACUCUGAUGUCAUCAUCUUCGCAACGAGGAACGCAAGUCUAAGUCCAUACCAAAAAGACCUUGGCUUGUCUCUGGGGAAGAAGUAUGGAAACAAAUUGAUUGUCGUCGCAACUUGCGAUCCAUAUGACUUCCUCGAGGAAAAGGCUGACAUCAAAAAUUACAUCACGAUCUAUGAGCCUACGAUCCCUGCAUUCAAGGCAGCUGUGGACAUCAUCUUUGGAAUUGCGAAAUCUCGGGGCUCCUUGCCUGUCGGAACUCCUCCCGUCAAGCAUGCCAUCAGGGGUCUCACCAACUUCAACGAGGAUUUUGAACAUAUAUUGCAGAUGUGGAAGACAAUCUUUCCGAAAUGGCCGAUCGAACGCUCGCGCAUGCAAAACCUUCUCCGCCAACCUCCUGGUCGACAUUAUAUUCACGAGAAGGGGCUCUGUCUAUCCUUCCUGACCGAUGGGCCACACGGCAAAAUUGCUGCAGUGGGUGUGCUGCCAGAAUACCGAGGUAACGGCCUCGGCACUGCUUUUAUGAAAAAAGCACAAGCCGAGUUGAGAAGUAUGGCUCGUGCUAAUGGGGAUGGGGAAUUGAAGUCGUUGGAGAUCGGAUCUGUGUUUCCUAGAUUCUGGCCACAGGUGCCGACUGAUUUCCCACAAGAAUUCAAAGAUUUUUUUCUUCACAGCGGCUUUCACAAAUCCACGGCACCAACCGCCCGGGAUCUCUACAGAGAUAUCCGCGGCCCUGUCGCUCCACCAGAAACCCUCGAGCGAGUCUCAAAGAUGAACCUCAAAUUCUCUCCCUGGUCUCCAGCGCUGUAUGAAGAAUGCAUGACAAAGCAAAGGGGCAAUUUCAGGCAAAUCGGGUGGGUCAACGCCUACGAAACUCUCGCAGCUCGGAAUCAACACCACGAAGUAAUGGUGGCCUUCGACCCUGACACGAACGCACAAAUCGGAUGGACAUUGAUGUGUUCUCAUUAUGCCAUCAUCAGCGACGCCUUUGCUUUCCUGCCAUUGAUGCCAUCGAAAGAGAAGACAGGGCUCAUUGCUUGUGUUGGGGUUGAUGAGAGUGCGCGAGGCAAAGGAGUAGGACUGGCGCUACUGGUAAAAGCCAUGGAGCAUAUGCGGGAACGGGGGAUUGAGGGUGUGUGUAUCGAUUGGGUUGUGAUCAGAGGCUUCUAUGAACGCCUCGGAUUCGAGGUUUGUUGGGAAUAUGAAGGUUACCAAUGGUGAGGGGACCACGUGCCAGAUGGGAAAGAAUGCAUGCAAGCCCGUUUGGAUACAGCCUUCCUUCUUGUGUGUCGACAGCGUGGGAAGACGGGAGGAAACAUGCAUUCGGAUCGCCGGCGUGCUUGUACCCGUCUUCUCUCGGAAGUGGUUUCUUCUCGAGUCAACAUUAUACAAACGCCUUUCGGAACUUCGUCAAGUUUUGAGUCACAAUAAUAUCACACGAUUUCGACACGACUUCCUCAGGAAGGGCGACCUGACAGGGCGCGUUUGACAUCACUUCAUCGUACCAACGGGUGAGAGUACAUUGUGAGCGUUCGGGAUGCUCCCUCCACUCAAGCUUGGCAAUUGCUUCCUUCCAGCUUUCUCGGUUGUCAAAUUUCCUCUUCUUGCCGUAUUUGCGUGCGAAGUUCUCCUUGCUUUCGCUCCCAAAUGGAGAAGUGCGCGGUGGUGGUGACAGACCCUGAGGUCGCUCCUUCCUCAACUGCC